UCAUAUAUGAUCGAUUGGUAUCGUUUAUCAGGAAGAAAGAGCCUCGAUGUUAUAUUGAUGAUCGCUAUGUCCAAUACGUCGAUCAAACUUACCGCUGGAAAUAUCUUCGAGUUAACAUUCGGCACUUUUGGCAAUGUGAUUAAAACGUCGGUCGCCUACUUUAACAUGCUUCGUACAUUAAGUAUAUAAAGCCUAUCCGAUGUAUAAAAUUUAUUAAAAUGACCACUAAUUAUAAAUAAAUGCCA